UAUUUAGGUAAUUUAACACCCUUCAUGUCAAUAUAAAAGUGUCUCAUUUACCAUGCAUGCACACACACCACAGUACUGUAAUCUUCUUCACCUUAUCUUCUUUUCCAAAUUUAGAGUCCAAGCAAUGAGCUCCAUGAUUGUACUAAAAUGGCUGUUUUUCGCAUUUUUAGUGAUCUCAACCACAAAAGCUCUUGGCCCAUGUGCUUCUUCUACCCCAGAUGAUUCAGAUCUUUCCAUAAUUCCCAUCUAUAGCAAAUGCUCUCCUUUUAUACCACCAAAACAAGACUCAUGGCUCACCACCCUCAUAACCAUGGCUUCAAAAGACCCGGCCAGGCUAACCUAUUUGUCAACCCUAGCUGCCCAAAUGACCACCGCUGUCCCUGUCGCCCCUGGCCAGCAGGUUCUAAAUAUUGGCAACUAUGUCGUUAGGGUUAAAUUGGGUACCCCUGGUCAGUUUAUGUUUAUGGUCUUAGACACUAGUAAUGAUGCUUCUUGGGUACCUUGUUCGGGUUGCUCCGGAUGCUCCAGCUCCACUUUUGCUACUAAUUCCUCUUCCACAUACGGGUCGUUGGAUUGCUCCAUGGCCCAAUGUACUCAGGUUCGUGGAUUCUCUUGCCCCGCUACUGGCUCAUCGAAUUGCGUUUUUAACCAAUCCUACGGUGGAGAUUCGUCGUUUUCAGCUUCUCUUGUACAAGAUUCUUUAAGACUGGUCAGUGAUGUGGUACCCAAUUUUGUAUUUGGAUGCAUUAACUCUGUAUCGGGAGGGUCGGUCCCUCCCCAAGGGUUAUUGGGUUUAGGCCGUGGACCCUUGUCAUUGCUGUCUCAAACCGGAUCACUUUAUUCGGGUGUGUUUUCGUAUUGUUUACCCAGUUUCAAAUCGUAUUACUUUUCGGGUUCACUCAAACUCGGGUUAGCAGGCCAACCCAAAAAUAUCAAGUACACUCCACUUUUAAAAAACCCGCAUCGUCCAUCGCUGUAUUUUGUGAAUCUAACCGGAAUUAGCGUAGGCCGGGUCCGAGUACCUAUUGCACCCGAACUUCUAGCCUUUGACCCGAAUACAGGGGCCGGCACCGUAAUCGACUCGGGCACAGUCAUUACCCGAUUCGUGCAACCCGUUUACACUGCAAUUCGAGAUGAGUUCCGAAAGCAAGUGGCGGGUCCAAUUUCAUCACUGGGGGCAUUCGAUACCUGUUUUGCGGCAACAAAUGAAGCGGUGGCUCCGGCGAUAACGCUACAAUUCACAGGCUUAAAUUUGGUGUUGCCGAUGGAGAACAGCUUGAUACAUAGCAGCUCUGGAUCGGUAGCUUGCUUGGCUAUGGGUGCAGCGCCAAAUAAUGUGAACUCAGUGCUGAAUGUUAUAGCAAAUCUGCAGCAACAGAAUCUUAGAAUUGUGUUUGAUGUACCUAAUUCUCGCGUGGGAAUUGGCCGGGAGCUAUGCAAUUAGAUUUGUGUACUUCUUAAUUUCUUGUGUUUUGCAAAGUUAUGUUUGUUGGAUUGUUGUAAUAAACAAGAAAAGUCUUGUUGUUGUGUUUUAUGGAAAGAAAUUAAUGUGCUAA